AUGGCUUCCGCAGAGGAGGACGAUUUCUAUCUGCGGUACUAUGUCGGCCACAAGGGGAAGUUCGGUCAUGAGUUCCUCGAGUUCGAGUUCAGACCUGAGGGUCGGCUUCGAUAUGCGAACAACUCCAACUAUAAAAACGAUACGAUGAUCCGUAAAGAAGCUUACGUCAGCCAGUCCGUGAUGAAGGAGCUUCGACGGAUUGUUGAGGAGUCAGAGAUUAUCAAGGAAGACGACAAUAACUGGCCGGCGCCAGAUCGCGUAGGCCGUCAGGAACUGGAAAUUGUAUUGGGUAAAGACCACAUCUCUUUCACGACAUCGAAGAUUGGUUCCAUGGCUGACGUCCAGCGGAGCAAAGACCAGGAUGGCCUUCGUGUCUUCUACUACCUGGUCCAGGACCUCAAGUGCUUCAUUUUCUCCUUGAUCGGCCUGCAUUUCCGAAUAAAGCCCGUCUAA